AUGUUCGUUGGCACCACGCCGGACCCAACGGGAUGGUCUCUGCCGAGCAGCAUGUAUCAGAUAGCGCUAGAUUGGAACCGGCGCAAGGAGAGCGACCCGGGCUCUCUCAAGCAGCCUCUUCGAGUAGUGCUCCUUCAUGCCUUCCUGGAAGUCCUCUACACCAAGAUUGUGGACAUGGAGACCAAUCAGGACCUCCGCGAGAGAGCCAGGGAGCUCGGGCUGGUGGUGGAUCUGGAAACGGCCCCGGCGUAUCCCUAUCUUCGCUGGGACAGCCAGCAGAAGAAACACGUUGCGGAGGAGAUGAUGCCCCUGAGCCACGAGGACGCCAAGGUCACGGUCAAGAUGCUCCAGAACCUGACGGCGUGCCCCAAUGUCAUAGGGCGUUUUCACGCCCUCCACAAAUUGGCCCCACAGUAUGCCUCGGAGGUGAUUCCUUUCAGCCUUCAGAUCCAGAACAGGAACGCCGAGUCCCAGCAGAUGUAUUUGGGGUUUUUGAGGCUGAGCCGCAACGGGGUGAUGCAGCUAUGCAACACUACGCUGCGCCCCACCCGGAUGGGUCGCAGCCCAUUGGCGGUCCAGAUCGACAAGACACUGCAAUCUAUGUGA